AUGCAGAAAGUUAUAUCUCACGUCAACACUCCAAAGAGUACCCCUCAAUCUGAGGAAAACAGUCGUGCACAGACUCCUGUUGGUACUUCCAAUCCAUUCGCGACACCUCCAUAUUCAAGACCUGCCUCGACAAUUGGGGCUCGAUCUGGAUUUCAGUAUGCCGAAGUCCCUGGAACAGGAUACUUUCGAUCUCGUCGCGUUCGCAAAGCAGAUGCUAUACCUCUUCCAGUAAACAAGAAGGCAAAGAAGGAGGCCCUCUUGUGGGUUUUUCCUCUUUGCGGCUUGCUUCUUGGAUUGGGUCUAACUGGUCUCAUUAUUUACUUGAAACUGUCUGAAAUCACACAACACAAGUACUGCCCAGUCCUUUUGGAAGACUUUUCCUCUGGUGCUUUAGAUCCAAAUAUUUGGACAACAGAAGUUCAAGUAGGAGGUUAUGGAAAUGGCCAAUUUGAGCAAACCACAGCAGAUGCCGAGAAUUUGUUCAUUCAAGAUGGGCAGCUUUACAUUAAGCCUACAAUUCAAGAUGCAUCGUUGAUCACCACCAACAAUAUCAUCAAUCUCACCGCCGAUGGAACUUGCACCACCACCUCCAAUAUACUUGUUAAUUGUGUCACUUCUACAAACACAACCAACGGGACUAUCGUGCAACCAGCCAAGUCCGCUCGCAUCAAUACCAAGCUUGGUGCCACCAUUAAGUACGGAAAAGUUGAGGUCAAGGCUAAGCUACCGAAAGGAGAUUGGCUCUGGCCAGCCAUUUGGAUGCUGCCAGUUGAGGAUACCUAUGGAUCCUGGCCACAGAGUGGUGAGAUCGAUAUCAUGGAAUCGCGUGGCAACAACUACACCUACAGUCUUGGAGGCAACAAUUUCGUAUUCAGUUCUUUGCAUUGGGGUCCAGAUUUGGCCAGCGAUGCAUACAAAAAGACCACCAACGUGAGAGCUGCUUUGCAUUCCCAGUUCGGUGAUGAUUUCCACAUUUACGGCUUGGAGUGGACCGAGAAGUUUAUCUUUGCGUAUAUUGAUAACACGCUGCGCCAAGUCAUGUAUUGGCCGUUUUCCAGUCCAUUGUGGCCACAGGGAAAUUUCCCCUUGAGCGAUUCCAAUGGAACAGCGAUCGUGGAUCCAUGGUCACAAACGGGCCGAAAAAAUACACCGUUCGAUCAAGAAUUUUAUCUUAUCUUAAACGUUGCUGUUGGAGGGGAGAAUGGCUGGUUCCUGGAUGGAGCAGAUGGAAAGCCAUGGGUUGAUGGAAGCGCAUCUGCAAAGCUCGAUUUCUGGAAAGCUCGAAACGAGUGGCUUCCUACAUGGGAGAAGAGUGGACAAAUGAUUGUGGACCAAGUGAACAUGUGGCAACAGUGUGAUUAG